GCGUGGGCGGGGCGUGGGUCACCGGCGCGCCGAGCCGGGGCCUCGGUCGGGACGGCGGCCGUGGGGUGGACACCGCGCGGCGGUUGAGCGGCGCCGGCGGGCAGCGUAGGGUCCGGCGGGGCAUCCGUGCGAGCCGGGUCGGGGCCGGUGCCUGCCGUCCGCAGAGGUCCGGCUGGCCCCUGGCCCCCCGUUUACCCGCGAGACCCGGGCAGUUGAGGGCCGCUUGCUGCAGGGCGCGACCUUCCCGCCGGACCCCGGUGCGGCGCGGGGCACACGGAGCAGCCCCCGUCCGGGGCUGGAUGUCUCCGCGUCAUGUAAGGACACACACGUGCUCCGGUUCAGCUGGGUGCUCAACCCGUGCUUCCUGAGCGUCUCUCCAGCACCAGGCGUCACGAGACCGGGCUGAGGCAUGAGCUGUCAGCCGCGGGGCUGGGCCCGGUAGCGCCCAGGCGUGGGACUGGCCUGGGGGCCCGCUGGGACAGCCGUCACGAUGAAGCUGCUGGUGGCCAAGAUCCUGUGCAUGGUGGGCGUGUUCUUCUUCAUGCUGCUCGGCUCCCUGCUGCCCGUGAAGGUCAUCGAGGCCGACUACGAGAAGGCCCACCGCUCCAAGAAGAUCCUGUCCCUUUGCAACGCCUUUGGCGGCGGCGUCUUCCUGGCCACAUGCUUCAACGCGCUGCUGCCAGCCGUGCGGGAUAAGCUGCAGAAAGUCCUGAGCCUCGGCCACAUCAGCACCGACUACCCGCUGGCCGAGACCGUCAUGCUGCUGGGCUUCUUCCUGACCGUCUUCCUGGAGCAGCUGGUCCUGACCUUCCGCAAGGAGAAGCCGUCCUUCAUCGACCUGGAGACCUUCAACGCGGGCUCGGACGCGGGCAGCGACUCGGAGUACGAGAGCCCCUUCAUGGGCACGGCGGCCGCCGCGGGCCGUGGCCACCCGCUCUACGCCGAGCCGGGCCCGCACGGCCACCACGGGCUGAGCGUGCAGGAGCUGUCGCGGGCCCGGCCGCUGCGCCUGCUCAGCCUGGCCUUCGCCCUGUCGGCCCACUCGGUCUUCGAGGGCCUGGCGCUGGGCCUGCAGGAGGAGGGCCAGAAGGUGGCCAGCCUCUUCGUGGGCGUGGCCGUGCACGAGACGCUGGUGGCCGUGGCCCUGGGCAUCAACAUGGCCCGCAGCACGCUGGCCCUGCGGGACGCGGCCAAGCUGGCCAUCACCGUGAGCGCCAUGAUCCCCCUGGGCAUCGGCCUGGGCCUGGGCAUCGAGAGCGCCCAGGGCGUGGCCAGCAGCGUGGCGUCCGUGCUCCUGCAGGGCCUGGCGGGGGGCACCUUCCUCUUUGUCACCUUCUUCGAGAUCCUAGCCCGGGAGCUGGAGGACAAGAGUGACCGGCUGCUCAAGGUCCUCUUCCUGGUGCUGGGCUACUCCGUGCUGGCCGCCAUGGUCUUCCUGAAGUGGUGACCCCCCGGCGGGGCGCCCCACCCCCGGCCCCGCCCCUGCCCCUGCACCCCCGGCCCCGCCUCUCCCUGCGCGCGCACGCACGCACGCACACGGACACACACUCACACUCUGGGACCAGGU